AUGAAUAGUACGGAAGAAAUUCAUAGCAUAUCACAAAAGAAUAUUACAACAAAUGAGUUACAUGAAAAUAUUAAUGGUAGCUUAAAUAAUAAGAAAAGGAAAAAGGCACAAAAAGGAUAUGGAAAUGGUAAUGGAAAUGGUAAUGGAAAUGGAAAUAGAAAUGGUAAUGGUAAUGGUAAUGGAAAUGGUAAUGGAAAUGGUAAUGGAAAUGGAAAUGGUAAUGGAAAUGACAAUAUAAAUGAAUAUAUGAAUGACAAUAUAAAUGAAUAUAUGAAUGACAAUAUAAAUGAAUAUAUGAAUGACAAUAUAAAUGAAUAUAUGAAUGAUAAUAUAAAUCAAAAUAAUGUUGCACAUAUGAAAGAUUUAUUUUCCCAAGAAAGCGAAAGUUUAGACGAAGAAGAUGAUAGUUACGAUUCAUUGGUUGAUUUAAAAAAAAAAAAAAAAACAAUAAAAUUAUUGGAAAAGGAAAAAAGAGAUAAAAUAAUAAAUAAGAAGGGUAUGAAUAAUUUAAAUGGGAUAAAAGAAAAAGAAAAAGAAAAAGAAAAAAAAAAAAAAGAAAAAAAAAAAUAUAUAUAUAUGGAUAAUAUAAGUGAGGAAGAAGAAAAUGUUAAUAAUUUAGAAAAUGUUAAUAAUUUAGGAAGUGUUAAUAAUUUAGAAAAUGUUAAUAAUUUAGAAGAUAGUGUAAGAAAUAUUGAAAAUGUUUUAAAUAAUUCAACAAAAGACCAAUUAGAUGAUGAUAUCGAAAAUGAUAUAGGCGGCAUGAAUUUAUUUUUAGAUGAUGUAGACUUACAAAGUUUUUAUGGUAGUACAGGGAAAAUUAUAAAAUUAAGGAUAAGGAAUUUUUUAAAUCAUGAGAAUUUAGAAUUAACAUUUAAUUGUUAUAAAAAUAUAAUUAUUGGAAAAAAUGGGAGAGGGAAAAGUGCAAUCGCACAAGCUGUUGCUGUUGGUUUAGGUAGUCAAGGAAAACAUGCAGGAAGAGAUAUAAAUUUAGCUAACUAUAUAAAAGAUUAUGAUAAGAAUAAAAAGAAUUUGAUAUGUUCUAUUGAAAUAUUUUUAUCUAAUUCUGGGAAUAAUGCUUAUAAGCGUGAUAUAUAUGGAGAUGUAAUUAUAAUAAAGAGAAUGUUUUCUUCUCAUACUAGUAAAUUUUAUUUAUACGGAUUAAAAAAAAAUAUUUACACAUCAGGUGCAACAACGGAUAUGUUAAAAAAUAUGAAUGAAAAUUUGUCGCUUAAUAAAUGUGAUAAUGAUGGUAAUGAUUUUAAUAAUGAUAAUACUUUUAAUAAUAAUGGUAAUACUUUUAAUAAUAAUGGUAAUACUUUUAAUAAUAAUGGUAAUACUUUUAAUAAUGAAAUGAAUGGUAAAUAUAAAAACAAUAAAACGAACCCAAAUAGAUAUGUAAGAAAAAAAUCAUAUAUUGAGAAUUAUUUAAAUUUUAUCAAGGUGAAUAUUAAAAGCCCAUGUGUUUACUUAGAUCAAGAAAAAGGAAAACAAUUUUUUUCAAACAUCACGGGAAAGACAUUACAUAAAUUUUUCAUGAGUUCAGUUGGAUUAAAUAUUGUAGAAGAGGAAAUUGAAAAAGAGAGCGAACUUUUAAAAAAUUGUUUAAAUCAAAUAAAACAAAAAGAAUUAUUAUUAUCUCCAUUUGAAGAAGAUUUAAAAAUAUCACGUGAGAGAAAUAAGUUGAUAGAAAAGAAUUUCAGUAAAUUACAUUUAUAUGAUUGUAAUUAUAAAAAGGUAAUAUUUUAUGAAUUACUUAAAAGUUGUAUUUUACAUUUUAAUGAAUAUAUAAAAUAUGAGAGCAUUAAAAAUGAAAAUAUUUUAUAUAGUAUACAAUACAAAAUGAAUACAUUAAUAAAUAAGAAUGAAGAUAUGAAAAACGAACUAAAAGAUGUAUUAAAUAAAGAUCAUAAUAUUUAUAAUGAUAUAAUAAAAAAAAAUAUUGAUAAAAUAUGUAAAUAUAAUAAUAUGAUAAAGGAAUUGAAUGAUAUCAAAAUAAAACAUAUAGAAAGAAAAGAUCAAAUUGUUAAUUAUCUUAGUUCAUUUGAAAAAGCUAAAGAGAAUAAAAAUAUUGUAGAAGAAUAUAUAAAUAAAUAUAAUUUACAAAUUAAUUUAUUAAAAGAAAAAAUCAAAAAAGAAAAUAAUAAAGAAAUGGAACUUAUUAAUGAAAUUAAUAAUAAGGAAAAUUCAAUAUAUGAAAUGAAUUAUUUAAUAAAUAAGUAUCAAAAUCAUAUAGAUGAUAUUAAUAAGAAGAUAAAAUAUAUAUCUAUACAAUCAAAUAAAUUACAAAAAAUUAAAAAUAAUGAAAUAAAAAAGAAAAUAUAUAUAUAUGGAUAUGAUAUAUAUAAUGUAAGAAAUAAUAUUGUAAAAUAUUUUAAUACUACAACAAUUACGUCUGAGAAAAAUUCUUAUCAUGAUAAUGUAACAAAUGAUAAUAUAAAUGAAAAAGAAAUAAACAAAAAUAAUAAUAUGUUAAUAGAAACAAAAAAAUAUAUUUCGACACAUAAUAAUAAUGAUAAUAAUGAUAAUAAUAAUAAUAAUAAUAAUAAUAAUCAUCAUCAUCAUCAUCCUUCUUUUUAUUUUAAACAUGAACCUAUAGGUCCAGUCGGUGAAUAUAUAAAAUUAAAGGAGCCUGUUGAAAAUACCAAAAUUUUAUCCAUCAUUGAAAAACACUUGGGUGAUAUUUUUUAUUCUUGGCUUGUUAGUUGUUAUGAAGAUAAAAAUUUUUUGAAUAAAAUGGAUAUAGAAAAUAAGAAUAAAUUUAAUAUCAUAAUAACUAAUGCAUUUGUACAUGUUAAUCGAGAAAAACUAUUACAAAAUAUACAUUUCUUAUUAAGUCGUAUAAAAGGUAAUACAAUAUAUUCUUUUUUAAAUAUUGAUUUAUUGCCUACACCUUUAUUAUUCUAUUUAUAUGAUAAUUUUAAAAUAUUACAAACUCUAAUAUGUAAAAACUCAAAAGAAUUACAAGAAUUAUUACAUUCGAAUAAUAAAAAAAUAAUAAAGUCUAUUUAUGUCAUAGACGAUUUUGUAUUAGUUAAAAUACUGUCAAAUGAAAGUUUACAUUAUAUCCCUUCAAAGCAAGAAUAUUAUAAGGAUGUUCUUUUUUUAAAAUGGACUAAAGAAGAACAUAAAAACAACAAUGAUAUGUUAUUAUAUAAUAAUAAUAAUGGAGAACCAAAUAAAGGAAACCAUAAUAUGUUAAAUGACAUGGAGGAUGAAAAGAAAAAAAAUGAAAUAAAUAAUGAUAAUCAAGAAAAAGAUAAAGGAAAAGAUGACAACCAUAAAGAUGACAACCAUAAAGAUGACGACGAAAACGAAGAAAAGAAAAAGAAAGAAAAAAAAAACCAUGUGGGUGAACAUUUUAAUUUGUUAGAUUCCGAAUUUCAAACAAACGAAGAACAAAUUAAAGAACUAGAAAAAACAAAAAUGGAAAAAGAAGAUGAAAUAUCAAAAAUAUCCAAGAAAUUAUUAUCAUAUAAAAAUGUUGUAAAUACUUUAAACGAAUCAUUAGAAAAAUGUAAAUAUUCUCAAGACGAAUUAAAAUAUGAAUUAAAAAAUUUAGAUGAAUUGAAGGCAAACCAUGAUAAUAUAUUUUCAGAACAACUAGAUAUAGAAAUAAAAGAAAAAAAUAAUGAUAUUAAUGAAAUAGAUGAAUAUAUAAAAGAUAUAAAUGAAUAUAUUAACAUUUUAGAAAAUAAAAAGGAUAUGGCAUUAAACAAUAAUAGUUUAUAUAAAUAUUUUAUAUCUACACAUAAGGAAUAUUUAAAAACAAAAAAAGAAAAUAUUCAAUAUAUCAUAGAAGAAUAUGAUAAUUUGAAAGAAAUAUUAAUUAAAUUAGAAAAGGAUAAACAAAAAAAUGAUGAAAUUGCAUUAACCAAAAAAAAAAAUUUUCUCAUAUCAAUAAAUAAAUUACAUAGUAUAUAUGUAGAAUGUAUAGGUAACAAUUUUGGUUUGGAUAAUAUCUUUUUGAGUAAUCCAUUCUUAAUAUUGAAGGAUAAAUAUGAAAGCUGGACCAUAACAAAUGUAAUCAUAAAGAGGGAAAAAAAAAGGGUGGAUAAUACAAAUGGUGUGGAUAAUUCAAACGGUGUGGAUAAUCCAAGUGAGGUGAAUAAUACAAGUGAGGUGAAUAAUUCAAACGGUGUGGAUAAUUCAAACGGUGUGGAUAAUCCAAACGGUGUGGAUAAUCCAAGUGAGGUGAAUAAUCCAAAUGGUGAAGUUAUAAAAACCAGUUUUCCUUUUAUUGAACCAAACAAAGAAGAGAAAAAGAAAUCAAAUGAAACUUAUCUCAUGGAAACAAUUUUUGUCAUUCAUAAAAAUCCCGAAAAUAUAACCAAAAAUGAUGAGGAGCAUAUUAAAGUGAAUAUUCCUCUGUCAUGUUUAAAUUCUUUUAAUAAAAUUUUUAUGUCUUCCAAAAGUACAGAAGAAGAUAUGUUAGAGAGUAGCAAAGACAACUAUAAUAAAAGUCUAACAAAAAUGGGAAAUAAUAAGGAAAGAGAAAUAGAAGUAUUAGUAGAAUUAGAGGAAUAUGUAAAAAAUGUUGUGAAUAAUAUUUUAAAAGAUAAUGAUAAUAAGAAACAAGUUGAUAAUAUGGAUAAAAAUAAUACACAUCCAAAUAAUAUAAGUGAUGAUAAUAAUGAUGAAUAUAAAUAUUAUGAUGAAAAUAAUAAAACGGAAGAAAAAAAUCAUAGCAUAAUAUCAAAAAAUAUUUUUGAAUAUGAUCCGGUAGAUAUGUUAAAUGAAAAAUAUGAAGAUAUAUUAUGGAAAAAAAGAUGUAAUAAGAAAAAAGAAAUAUUAGAAAUAUUAAAAAUGCAUGGAUAUAUAGAAAAGGAAAAUAAUACAGAUAAUAAUUUAAAAGAUUAUUAUAAUAAUUUAAUUGAACAAUAUAUAAAUGAUGAAAAGAGUUUUAAUAAACAAUUAAAACAAAUAUCUGAUUUGAGAAAUAAUUAUGAUAUGCAUUUAUCUAAUAUCACAUUAAGAAAAUCUAAAUUUGUAGAUAUUCUAGAAAAAACAAAAAAUCAAAUCACAUUACAUUUUAAAAAUAUGUUAAAACGUAUGAAUAAUUAUAAAGGAAAAAUUGAAUUUGAUGAUAUAAAUAGAAAUUUAAAGGUACUGAUAUCUAUAAAUCAAGAUACUUCAAAUAAUAUUUUUAUGGAAAUUAAUUCUUUAUCAGGAGGAGAAAGAUCAACUAUACAGAUGGCCUUAUUAGCUUCCUUUUCUUUAACCGAAUCAUCUUCAUUUCAUAUUUUUGAUGAGUUAGAUGUGUACAUGGAUGAGCUUACCAGAGUUAAAAAUAUGAGGCUCUUUUGUGACUUUGUCGAAAAGAAUAAUGAUAAGCAAUAUUUUUUUAUAACACCCCACAUAGAAAUAACAGAACUGUUUUUAGAUGAUGCUAAGCAAAAGAAAGCUAAAAUAUUAAACUUAUCCUAA